ACAGGUUUGAGCUAUCUGGAAGAUGAAGCCCUGGCUGCAGUUGGUGUUCUUUACCUGUAUUUUCUUGAUCUGGCACACAGAAGCAGAGUUCUUCACCUCUAUAGGUCAAAUGACAGACCUGAUUUAUGCGGAGAAAGACUUGGUACAGUCUUUAAAGGAAUAUAUCAGAGCAGAAGAGAACAAGCUCUCUCAGAUUAAAAGCUGGGCUGAAAAAAUGGAUGUACUGACAAGCAAAUCAACCUCUGAUCCAGAAGGGUAUCUGGCACAUCCUGUAAACGCAUAUAAGCUGGUGAAGCGUUUAAAUACUGACUGGCUGGAAUUGGAAAACCUAGUCCUUCAGGAUACCACGAAUGGCUUUAUUUCAAAUCUUACACUUCAGCGUCAGUUUUUUCCAACUGAAGAAGAUGAGACUGGAGCUGCAAAGGCUCUGAUGCGCCUGCAGGACACAUACAAGCUGGAUCCUGAAACUCUCUCUCGAGGACACUUACCAGGAACAAAAUAUAGGUCCUCUUUGACAGUAGGUGACUGCUUUGGUAUGGGGAAGACUGCUUACAAUGAUGGAGACUACUAUCACACAGUGCUCUGGAUGGAGCAAGCCUUGAAACAACAUGAUGAGGGGGAGGAUACAACAGUCAGCAAAGUGGAGAUACUAGAUUAUCUCAGCUAUGCUGUUUUCCAGUUUGGGGAUUUACACAGAGCCAUGGAACUUACCAGACGUCUGAUAUCCCUUGACAGUACUCAUGAGAGAGCAGGCAGUAAUCUGCGGUACUUUGAGAAGUUGCUGGAGAAGGAGAGAGAGGAGAAGGAGAAAGAGAAGUCAAUAAACAAGACCAUGACAACAACAGAACCAGUGGUGCAAAGUGGUGCCUAUGAGAGGCCUCUUGACUACUUGCCAGAGCGUGAUAUCUAUGAAGCCCUUUGUAGAGGUGAAGGAGUAAAAAUGACACCUCGAAGACAGAAAAGGCUGUUUUGUAGGUACCAUGAUGGAAACAGAAACCCUCAUCUGCUCAUAGCACCAUUUAAGGAAGAAGAUGAAUGGGAUAGCCCUCAUAUUGUACGAUACUAUGAUGUCAUGUCUGAUGAAGAAAUUGAGAAAAUUAAACAACUAGCUAAGCCAAGGCUGGCACGAGCCACAGUACGUGAUCCCAAAACCGGUGUCCUUACAGUGGCUAGCUACAGGGUAUCAAAAAGCUCAUGGUUGGAGGAAGAUGAUGAUCCUGUUGUGGCCAAGGUGAAUCAACGAAUGCAGCAGAUCACGGGGUUAACAGUGAAAACAGCUGAACUAUUGCAGGUUGCCAACUAUGGAAUGGGAGGGCAGUAUGAGCCACACUUCGAUUUUUCUAGGCGACCCUUUGACAGCACACUCAAAACGGAAGGAAAUAGGCUAGCGACGUUUCUUAACUAUAUGAGUGAUGUAGAAGCUGGAGGAGCUACAGUGUUCCCAGAUUUUGGGGCAGCAAUAUGGCCCAAAAAGGGUACAGCAGUGUUUUGGUACAAUCUCUUCAGAAGUGGUGAGGGUGAUUAUAGAACAAGGCAUGCAGCUUGUCCAGUACUAGUAGGGUGUAAAUGGGUUUCAAACAAGUGGUUUCAUGAAAGAGGAAAUGAAUUCUUAAGACCUUGUGGGAGAACAGAGGUUGACUGAAACCCAAUCUGCAGAUUUCUGUCUUCUUUUCUACUGUUUGUUCUUCCAGUUCAUUUCUAAGAAAUGAUCCAUCGUUUUCUCCAAGAGUCCUGGCACUUUACUAAAAAAGGAUAACAAAGUGUGUAACACCUGUGAAAGAAAGUAAAUGGCAUUGUACGCAUACCUUGUGUUCUGGUUACUGUUAUUUCCAUGUUCCCCCUGCCAUCUUCCUUGGACCUGCCUUCUGCCCUCCCAGCUUUCCCUGUAGUAGUGGUGCAAACAGUGCUGUGGGCAGUUCAGUACGUUUGGGUGCCUGGUCUUGUGCCUUUUGUACCUCAGAAGAUUUAGAUGUUAAAUAUUUUUUUGAACCAAAGUUGUUUUUUUAAAAAAUUUUGUGUACAUGUUGAUUUUAUUGUAUUUCUAUGGAUCACAAGUUUUGAAAUAAAAAAUAAAUGUUCUUUC